AUGAAUCUCGGCCAACUAAUUGCGAGGAAUCAUGCUUUCGUUGCAAAACUAUACAGGAAUUCUGUGUCUAAAAAGAGCUUUUGCAGGACAAAUCUUACCAGAAGACUGAAAGCAUUGAGUGUGACCUGUCCCAUAAGAGACAAUCACACCAAGUCUUCAUCCUUGUAUUAUCCUGAGGAGGAUUACACUGUUGAUGUGCCUGUUGACAUAGAUCUAAAUUUGGAAAAGAUUCUCGCUUCUCCUGCGAGUCUCAAAGAGAAUCUUGCCGAAAGGAAUAUAACUUUAGAUGUGGAUAAACUUAUUCAAGAUUUCAAAUUAAUGUGCGAUUUAGAGAAGAAAAAAUGUGAUUUUGAGUCCGAAAGAAAAGAUAUAGGAAAACGUGUUACAGAAUUGAUAAACUUGAUGAAAAAAUCUGGGGAAAAUGAUAAUUUGGUGAAAUCAGUUGAUGUGUUGAAAUCUAGAGGCAAUAAAUUGAAAAAACUAGAAAAAGAACUAAGCGAUCGUUACUUUGCGAUUAAACACGCUGUCAUGUUAGAUGGUCUUAAGAUUCCCAAUAGAAUUCAUCCCGAGACUCCAACAUCGGCACAAAUUCUGCGAUCAUUUGGGAAUAUAAUGGAUUUUUCGAAAAGCAGGAGUCACAUCGAAAUUGGACGUGAAAAAGACUUAAUUAAAUUUAGUGACAUUGGUCCCAAAUCAUUCUAUCUGAAGGGGGAUCUGGCUUUAUGUGAAUUGGAAUUGAUAGAUAAAACAAAAAAAUUCUUGCAACAGAAUGGAAUGACGACAUUUUUGUUGCCAGAUAAAGUGAGAUCUAUAAUAAUGGAAGGUUGUGGAUUUGAUGUGGAUAGUGACAAAAUUUUGACAAUUCAUGAUCCAGAUCCUCGAGAAUCAAAAGUGAUUGAUGAACAUCACUUGCAAGGAAACUCAGUCCAAUCAUUUGUUGCAUUUUUAAUGAGACAAAUGGUAGAUAACUCUCAACUUCCACUAAAAUACUUCUCUGUGGGAAGCAGAUAUGUGUCUGGAACCGAACUUCCAGGAUUAUUCGGAGGUCAUCAGUAUGCAAACGCCGUCAUAUUUGGUGCUAGUUUGUCAGAAACAGAAUCUUCGAAUUUAUUUCAAGAAUAUUCUGAAUUGAUAUGGAGUUUUUUGGAAUCGUUUAAUCUGCCUAUUAGACAAAUUCUUGUGCCUGUUCAAGAUUUGUCCUUAUCAGAAAGUUUGAGAUCAGAAUUUCAGAUGUGGAGUCCUAGUUUAGAAGAUUUUGUGAACAUGGGUUAUCUAUGUAUGUGCGAUGACUUUGUUAGCCGUAGAUUAAUGUGUCUUCAUGACAGUAAGAAAGAGGGUUCUAUGUUUGUCCACAUGAUAGGUGGAGAAGUUAUAAACAUUACUAAUCUGUUAGCUUUGAUGUUAGAAUAUGAUUUGCCUUUAAUCUCUAAUAAAUGA